AUGAGGAAGAGUGAGGUGCUUGCUGCUGAAUCUGUGUCAUGCUUGAACAAAGCACUAUGCCAUCUGAAAGACAUCUGGGAGGAAAUAGGAAUCCCAGAGGACCAGAGACUGCAGAGGACAGAUGUGGUGAAGAGUCAUAUAAAAGGUCUGCUGGAUAUGAUGAUCGCAGAGGAAGAGAACCUCAAGAAACGGUUGAUGAACAGCAUUGAGAUGUGUCGCAGAGAGCUGGACACCCUGUGCAGGGAACUGUACCUUCCCCCAUUUGAGGAGGAGGAAGGCAUUACUAUGCUUCAGCUGGAGAAGAACAUUCGAACCCGGGUAGAGGUGAUGAUGAAGCAGAAGAGCCAGAGGAUGCAAGAGCUCAAAGCCCUGAGGCAGCAGGACCAGGACCUGUGCGAUAUCCUGUGCACAGACUCUUACAGCAUUAGCAGUGACUCUGUGCCGUCCCUGGAGCAACUGGAGGACUUCCGUGCUCACAUUGCCAGCCUCACUGCAGAAAAGGAGCGACGCCAUGCCGAGUUUGUUGGCAUCAGGAGGCAAAUCAUCUUGUGCAUGGAGGAUCUGGAACACCUGCCGGACACUAGUUUCGAGAGAGAUGUGGUGUGUGAGGAUGAGGAGGCUUUCUGUCUGUCCAAGGAGAACAUCUCAUCACUGAGGCUACUGCUCCGUCAGUUGGAGGACCGAAAGGCUGAGAAUGAGGCUCUGUGCAGCUCUUAUCGUGGGAAGAUCCAGGAGUUGUGGGAUAGGCUGCAGAUCCCCCAGGAAGAGAGAGAUGCUUUCUCUGAGCACAUGGUCAUGUCCAAGAAGAGAAACUUGGAAGCUUUACAAGCAGAGGUUAAGCGUCUAGAGGAGCUCAAACUUGAGAACAUCUCCAAACUUAUUGAGACAAUCCGAGAGGAGAUUGCCUCCUACUGGGAUAAGUGUUUCUUCAGCACUGAUCAGCAGGAGGCCUUUGUGCCAUACUAUGAUGACGAAAUCACAGAGGAGCUUUUGAGCCUGCAUGAUGCUGAGAUUGUGCGCCUCAAACAGCACUUUGAGGACCAUAAGGAGCUCUUUGAGGGUGUUCACAAAUGGGAAGACAGUUGGAGACUGUACUUGGAACUUGAGAAGAAGGCAACAGAUCCCUCUAGGUUUAACAACCGUGGAGGAAAUCUUCUGAAAGAGGAAAAACGCAGAGCAGAUCUCCAGAAAAACCUGCCUAAGCUGGAGAAGAAGCUGAAGGCUGAGAUCGAGGCAUGGGAGCAGGAACAGGGCCGGGAGUUCCUGGUCAAGGGCCAGAAGUUCCUGCAGUAUGUGGAGGAGCAGUGGGAAAUGCAGAGGAUUGAGAAGGAACGGGAGAAGCAAGAGCGGCAACUGAAAAAAAGCAAGCAAACUGAGGAAGACAUGCUGUAUGGCACUACCAUUCGAACACCGUCAAAACGCAGAAUCCCAGGCACAACCACACCUGGCAAAUUGCGAAAGCUCAAUGCCACCUCCAGCAUCUCUAGCGCCACUCCUAACAGCACAAUGCGCUCUGUCUUUGGGGGAACCAUCUGCCGCUCCCCAGUCUCCCGACUCCCUCUAUCGAAUGGGCCUGUGGUGCGAACACCAGGUCGUUGCAAACCUCCCCACAUGGGCCUGCUGAAGCACAACAAGGAGAACAUCUCCCACGUGAACGGGCCUGCUCUGAGCGGUGGGUUGAAGACCCCAGCCAGCCCCCAGCGUACAUUCAGCAUUAACUCUGUUGCCAGCACCUAUUCCGAAUUUGCGCAAGAACUUGCAACGGCAUCCAAAUCUAACUGCAAGCCAGGAGUCCUUAAUUCAACGAUCACCCAUUUUUGA